GACGAGUGAAGUUAUUCCUCCCUGCAGAAUAAUACAAUGUUACUGCAUAUGAAAGUGAGGUGUGUGUGACAUUGAGGAAUAAAUACACUCUUCUACAUCUACUGUGAAGGUGGUCCCAGAUAUACUCUUUAACUAUACUGAGAUUAAUUUUAUAUUCGCCUCGAUUUAAAACCCAGGAAUCCUUCCAUUUGUUUUCGCAGUAGGGCACGAUAGAACAUGGGAAACAUUAUAGAUGGAUAUUUGUUAUGGGUUGCAGAAAUGGGCACUGUGGACUUUUGGGUCUAGGUGAGAGUGGGGAAAACGUAAGAAACGCCGUUCCAUAACCCACCAAUUAAGUGACAGUAUAGCCACAAGAGGGGAGGGAUUUAUCCAAUGAGAAUGCCGUUUGUUACGAAGCGACAUUAUCUCUUCCGCAUGUGCCGAUACAACAACAUAAACGAGAAUAUGGAUGUGGAGAGUGGUAUUUGUCAGGGAAACGGGGACUCUGGGCCUAGUGAGUUACGCGUGAAGAUCCCCGAGGGGAUGCUGAAACGGGAACAGGAUAGGCUCGAGGACGUGGAGAGAAAGAAAGAGGUGAAAAAGAGCCAGUCUGUCACGGAGGAGAAGAGCGGGUUCUUCACCGCGACGUUCGGCAGCGAAAGGGCGGCUAUCGAGAAGUUACUGGCUGGUUGCUCGGAGGCUACUGACCGUGUCCUGGCCACCAAAACCUUGGAGGAGGUGACUACUAAAACACAACAGCUCCAGAAGUUUCUAAACGACAGCAUGGUGUUUUUACCGCAGUACGAGCUGAGACAGGCACAGAUGGCGCUCCAGAAACUACAUAACUCUCUGGCCGAGAAGAGAGAUGAGAUUCUCCCCAAGAAGAAGUUCGCCUUUAGGUCGCGUGCAGCAAAUACACCCAAAGUAGAUCCACCUGUCGCGGAACCAGCGUCACCUGUAACGCCUAAGGAUUCUGGCCGAAUUAAAGUGGAUGGAGCCAUAAGCCCCCCAGAGCAGUGCGGCUUCUCCCACUUUGAGUCCCAGGUGCUGACCAAGACAGCGGAGGAGAUCAAACAACAGGAUGUUCUCCUGACCCACCUGACCAAUUGCAAGGUCAGACUCCUGGGAUCCCCAAGCACCGUCCACAUCAAACACGUCCAGAACUGUGAGAUCUUCUCUGGGCCGGUCUCCAGCUCUGUAUUCGUCGACCACUGCACCGGCAGCACCCUCUCCUUCCCCUGCCAGCAGCUACGGACUCACCACACUACUGACACACAGGUCUAUCUGCAUGUCACCAGCCGCGCCAUCAUAGAGGACUGCCAAGGGGUGCGCUUCGCCCCCUUUGCCUGGUCCUACCCAGGUCUGGACCUGGACUUUAAGGUGUCUGGUCUGGACCGGGAGAGGAACAACUGGAACCAGGUGGAUGAUUUUAACUGGCUGGCCAUAGGGACCCAAUCACCUAACUGGUGUGUCAUCCCAGAAGCUGAGAGAAGAACUGAAUGGGACUCCUAGAGACAUAAAUAAAGAGCCUGUCAAUCAAACAAAUGAAGUGUUUUCUUAUUUUCUAGAAUUUAUGUUGUUGACUUCAACAAUCACUCAGUCCUGAUGUCCUGACAGGGUUGACUGUAUGUGUAUUUUAUAUAUAUAUAUAUCCUUUAUAUAUUUAUUUUAUGUGUGUGUUUACUCAUUGCUGCUUUCUCACUACCCUACUCUGAGCAGUACAAUUAGAACGUUAACCACAGGUAAUGUCACUAACACAGUUUGUUACAUGUUCAUUUAUUCAGAAAGGACCACCUUAGUUUGUAAAAAAAA